AUGGGGAAUAUGUUGAAGCUAAAGGAAAAGGAGUGGUUGCAAUACAAACAAAUUCAGAAGUUAGAAGUUUUUGGUGUAUUUCAAAAAUUCAAAGCUAUGGUGGAGAGUCAAUCUGAUUACAAAAUAAAGACUUUAAGGUCUGAUAAUGGAACUGAGUAUACUUUUGAGAGGUUUAAUAAGUUUUGUGAAGAAGUUAGGAUUCAUCAUCAGCUCAUUAGGAGCAAGUUGGAUCACAAAGCUGAGAUUGGAGUGUUUCUUGGAUAUGGUAGCAAUGUGAAGGGUUAUAGAGCGUUUAAUGUGCAAACUGAGAAGGCGAUUAUCAGCAGAAAUAUCAAAUUUGAUGAAUUUGCAUCUUGGUGUUGGGAUAAAAAAGAAGUUGUGACUGCUAGCAAUGAUUUCGCUGAUGAAGCUGACACUGGAAGUGAUUCAGAUACUGAAAAUGUAGUGAGGGGAAUCAGAUCUUUAGCUGAUAUUUAUGAACGAUGCAAUAUAGCUUUGGUAGAACCUGUGAGUUAUGAAGAGGCUGCAAAGUCUUCAAAUUGGAGGGCUGCAAUGGAGGAGAAGCUGAAAAUGAUUCAUAAAAAUGAAACUUAG